AUGUCGUCACACCGUGUCCAGCCCUCAAUAAGACCACUAGAAUUUUGCCCGAAUUGUGCUAGCUAUUUGACCAUCUUACCCCGUGCUACCGAUUCAGUUCAUGGAUUUCAAAACUAUUUUACUUGUCGGGCAUGUCCAUAUAUCUGUCUGGUGUCCGAAAGCGAAUCUUGCGAGGAUGAAUCUUGCAGCGACGAGACUGCUGAUGACGAGACUGCUGAUGACAAGACCACGGACGAUGAAGCUGUGGACGAUGAAGCUGUGGACGAUGAAGCUGUGGACGAUGAAGCUGCGAACGAUGAAGCUGCGAACGAUGAAUAUCCCGUGGAUCCCUUGAAGUCAUACAUACAUACCGCAGUCCAGGAGAUGCAAGAUAUCCAAGAUGGUCAAGUAACUUCACUCUUGGCUGAUACGAAAUUCCCCUCCCAGGCUUUUAUGUCUCCAAAGCAGGAUGAAGGUGUCUAUCUUUCCAACAUACCCCUAGGAAGGGUGGUCCAACAUAUGAUCACAAAAAUUCUUGAGACAAACUCGCAAAAAAGGCGCUAUCAAGAUUUUGUCAACAACCGUCAGAACAUCGAAAAUCUUUUGCUAGGUUCUCUAACCAUGGCCACUCUAGCCAUUGUUCAGGGUCAAUUGAUCGGCCCAAACGAGCUGAUCAAGAUAGGGGGUGAUCCAGAGAGUGACCCUAACGCAGGAGUCUAUCUUCAUAUCCUUCUCAUACCAGGUCUUAUGUAUCUCUAUACCGGGCAAGCAGAUGACCUUUCCGAGCGUAUUAGAUACCAUAACGACCCAGCAUUUCGGAGAAGACACCCCUCGCUGCAUUACAAAAUAUGGGAAUGGCUCGAAGAAACUGGAGAACUUACCUCUGUUUUUGUGAAGGUCGCAGGUUUCAAACAGAAGUUACGAGGCGAAUUAGACCAGCUACUCCUAAACCUCCUGGAGAUGUUUAUAGCAUGUGUGUUCCAGACGCUCCGGUCCUCCGAUCUAGAGUUCUACCUACCUGAUGAGGUUGAAAUUUGUUGGGGAGGACGAGGCCUAAAUGUUGCUCUGCCUAUUUGGCAGGGCUAUACGUUAGGAGAGGGGAAGAAAUUCCUUCAUGAGAUCGGGCUAUCUAAGCAGGAUUUCUCAGCUGCACUACAUAGUCAAGAUGUCCUAGUCCGUGAAUGGGCUAUGGAGGUUCGAGAUGCCUACCAAAGUCUUCGAAAUCACCCUGAUCCAAGAGUUCAAGAAGUUUGGAUCCAGGGAUUUCGAAAAUUUCGAGAUGCCGCUGCGAAACGCAUUUACUCUCACCAGGAUCAGGAAGAUAUCUCUAGCGAUCCCGACUAUUCCCUCUAUUUCUUUGAAGAAGGUAGAUUGUCCUACGGAAAGGGUAGUAAUCGAAAAUGGACUAUUGAGCUACAACAAAAGUCUUUUAAGAGUGCCCAAGAAUUCCUUUCCUCUGGGAAGCAAGUUGGACUCUAUAGGACUGGUAAGAGGGGUAUAUUCGGUGUUUACUAUUCUCUUUAUAAUAUCUCCCUUUCUACCGUUUCCCACCUUUUAAAAGGGGACGGGGAUACUAUCCCUGAAAAAAGUGGCUAUGUUCCGGGCAAAUCAGUUUUCCUGAAACCGAUUCUACUCACAAGACCAACCCCAUUACGGUACACACAAAGAGCCUUUCUGAAUGACCCAGCGAGCAGACUGAUUAUACUCGCGGAUAUCGAGCCUGGAGAUGGCACGGGUCAAUUCCACCGUUUAGAGACGAAUUCGGAGGUAGCACCUUUGAAGUUCAACCGGCUUGUGGACCUUAUGGAAGGGAUUUGGUACAAGGAGUCAAGAUCUUUGCCUCGUCGAUGGUUCCAGAAAAGAUAG